AACCUGAGGCUGUAGCAACCUGGAAGGGAGGAGUUGCCUCGCCCUCCCUCUCAGGCAGCGGCCAAGCCCAGCCACUAUAAAAGGGAGCGCCGCUCAGCCUGAGCAUCUGUCAACUCUGUCAAUUGUCAGCGCUGUUUCAGGAAGACCUGGUGAAGCAACUCCUCGGGCACCAUGCUGACGGAACUGGAGAGCACCCUCAACAACUUCAUCGAGGUCUACCACCGGUACUCCAUGCUGCAAGGGAACGACCACGCCCUCUACAGGGACGACCUGAAGAAACUGCUGGAGGCCGAGUGCCCUCAGUACAUGAAGAAAAAGAGCGCAGACACCUGGUUCAAAGAGCUGGAUAUCAAUGAAGACAAUGCUAUCAACUUCCACGAGUACCUGACGCUGGUGAUAAAGGUGGGCCUGGCUGCCCAUGAAGAGAGCCACAAGGAGUAGCUGCUGGGCUUGGGGCUGCUGGGCCCGGGGCUGGGCCCCUGGACUCAUCCCUCAAUGAUAAUAAAGUGAUGGAUACCUCA